UGCCUGGACCCUGCUCAGAGGACUUUACACAGGGACGUGAUGUUGGAGAACUACAGGAACCUGGUCUCCCUGGGGUUGAUUUCUAAAGACUCAUAUUACGUGAGGAAGCAGCUCAGAAGAAGCAAGAAAAGGAGCCAGGCAUGGCUCUUCCUCAGGGACACUUGACUUUCAAGGAUGUGGCUAUAGAAUUCUCACUGGAGGAGUGGAAAUGCCUGACCCCUUCACAGAGGGCUUUAUACAGGGAAGUGAUGUUGGAGAACUACAGGAACCUGGAGUCUGUGGAUAUCUCUUCCAAAUGCAUGAUGAAGAAGUUCUCAUUAACAGCACAGGGCAAUACAGAAAUGUUCCACACAGGGACAUUGGAAACGCAUGAAAGUCAUCACAUUGGAGUCUUCUGCUUCCAGGAAAUUGAGAAAGAUAUUCAUGACUUGGAGUUUCAGUGGGAAGAAGAGGAAAGAAACAGCCAUGAAACUCCCAUGACAAAAAUAAGAAAGUUGACUAGUAGUACAGAGCAAUACGAUCAAAGGCAUGCUGGAAACAAGCCUAUUAAAGAUCAGCUUGGAUUAAGCUUUCAUUCACAUCUGCCUGAACUGCGCAUAUUUCAGACUGAAGGGAAAAUUGGUAAUCAAGUAGAGAAGUCUACCAAUGAUGCUUCCUCAGUUUCAACAUCCCAAAGAAUUUCUUGUAGGCCGGAAACCUGUAUUUCUAAUAACUAUGAAAAUAAUUUCCUCCAUUCUUCAUUACUUACACAUCAACAGGAUGUACGCAUGACAGAAAAAUUUUUCCAAUAUAGUGAGAGUGGCAAAGCGUUUAAUUGUAGCUCACUCUUAAGGAAACAUGAGAUAAUCCAUUUAGGAGAGAAACAAUAUUCAUGUGAUGUAUGUGGAAAAGUCUUUAAUCAGAAGCGAUACCUUGAACACCAUCGUAGAUGUCACACUGGUGAGAAACCUUACAAGUGUAAUGAGUGUGGCAUGAACUUCAGUCGGCAGUCAAUCCUUGCACGCCAUUGUAGACUUCAUAUUGUAGAGAAACCUUCCAAGUGUAAUGAGUGUGGCAGGACCUUUGGUCAAAAUUCAGCCCUUGUAAUUCAUAAGGCAAUACAUAUAGGAACGAAAUCUUACAAGUGUAAUGAAUGUGGCAAGAUUUUUAAACACCCAUCAAUCCUUGCAUGGCAUCGUAGAUUUCAUACUGGAGAGAAACCUUACAAAUGUGAAAAAUGUGACAAAGGUUUUACUCGGAAAUUAGAAUUUAAAAGACAUAAGGAAAUUCAUGGAGAGAAACGAUGCAAAUGUAAGGUUUGUGACAAGGCUUUCAGGUUUCCUUCACACCUGACACAACAUACUAGAACUCACACUGGAGAGAAACCUUACAAGUGUAAUGAAUGUGGCAAGUUUUUUCGUCAAAAAUCAACCCUUGCAUGUCAUCAUAGAGUUCAUACUGGAGAGAAACCUUACAAAUGUGAAGAAUGUGACAAAAUUUUCAGGUGGAAACAAGACCUUGAAAUUCAUAAAAGAAUUCAUACUGGAGAGAAACCAUACAAAUGUAAGGUUUGUGACAAGGCUUUCAGGCGUGGUUCGUACCUGGCACAACAUACUAGAGUUCACACUAGAGAGAAACCUUACAAAUAUAAUGAGCAUGGCAGGACCUUCAGUCGGAUGUCAUCACUUGUAUUCCAUCGUAGGGUUCAUACUGGAGAGAAACCUUAGAAGUUAAAUCAAUGUGGCAUGCUUUUUAAUGAAAAAUCAAACCUUUCAUGUCAUCAUAUACUUCAUACUGGAGGGAGACCAUAGAAGUGUAAUGAAUGUGGCAAUGUUUUUAGUUGAAAAGCAAACCUUCCACAUUAGUGAUUUCUUACUGGAGAGAAACAUAUAAGUGUAAUGACUAUGGCCAGAUUUUAAUCAAAAAUCAAAACUUGCACAUCAUCAUAGACUUCAUACUGGAGAGAGGUUUAUUAAUGCUAAGAAUAUGACAAAAUCUUCAGUCCUAAAUCACACCUUGAACGACAUAAGAGAAUUCAUGCUGGAGAGACCAUACAAAUGUAAGGUUUGUGACAAGGCUCUCGGUGUGAUUCACACUUGGAACAACAUGCUAGAAUUGA